AACAAUAGUUGAGCAAAAUGGGUAAAAGUGAAAAGAAAUCUAAGAAAAAGCAUAAGAGCAAGCGUAAAGAGCACAGAGAGAAGCAUAAAGUCAAAUCAAAGAAAUCUAAGAGGGAAGACAAAUUAAAGCUAAAGCAAGCAAAGGAAGAGACGCCGGUCGUAAAGGAAAUUGCACUUCAAGUGGCUGCGGACAGUGGAGGCGAGGAUGACUUCGCAAUACCUAUAGCACUGAUGAACAGCAAAUCGCAUGCGCCGGAAACACCGGAAGAGUACCAGCGCCGUCAAAGCCAAAUACGCCGUGAGGUCGACCCUGUGACUGGCCGAACUCGCCUUAUCAAAGGCGACAGCGAGAUCCUGGAGGAAAUUGUGAGUAAGGAGCGUCAUUGUGAUAUUAACAAGAAGGCAACGAGCAGCGAUGGCGCCUACUUCGAGUCGCAAUCAUUUGCAGCUGCCAAACGCCGCAAUGCAAAAUAAGCAUAGUUUUUCAUUUAAAGUACAAGAGGUAUAUAUAUAAUAAUAGUUAAUAACUGUUAAACUAAAUAAACAUUUGUGCAGCAUUGCAAGAAAUGCUAGCUUAAGCUAUUUA